AUGAUUUAUGAGGGCAUAAAUUUCGUGUUUUGGCUUCUUUGCCACGUAGAAAUUUGAGCUCGGAAAAAGAGAAAUGCAACGGGAACAAUAACAUUUUAUACAAAUUUAAACCGUAACAAUUGUCAUAUUUCGACAUGUGCGGAGCGAGACUAGUUCCAUGGGCUCGCUGUCUCGUUCUUCUAACUAUAAUUCAAUUUGGAUGGAGUUCUACAUUGAUUCAAGAGAGACGACACAAAAUGAUGAAUGCCAAAUGGCUUGAGGUCCGGACGAAUUUCAUUCACCAAGAAAUGAUCCGGAGAUCUGCCCCUAUGUUGUCAAAUUGUGAAGAAUCAGCGUGGUCAUAUCAGUCAAUCCUAAAACAACUUGUUCACUAUCAACUCUCCGAGGAUUAUUGGCAAAAACUCGAUUGGGUCCGGUUUCAGAACUUGACUCAAGUGUUGGAAUUUGAUCCUUUUUGGAAGAUGGGCCUCCCCUCAAGGACAAAGGCAAGAUCUCAAGGGCCCAUACUAUUGGUGGACUUUCUUCACACGGACAUGGUUCAAGGAGGGUCGUCGAUUUCACUUCAUGCCCUUCCCUUUCCAUCUCAAAUGACCUUUCAGUAUGCAUUCCACCGGAACAAACGAACAGCAGAACAUGAAACGCGUGGAAUUCUGCCCGUAUUUUACUUCCCUCUGCAUAUUGGGCCUUCCAACUCAUCAAGUGCGAGUUUUUGCCCAUUGGAUUGCUUCGACAACGUUGAAUUUUGUGGACAAACUGCCUUCGAAUCGAAACCCACCGCCAAUCCACGCUCUUGCCAAAGGAAAUGUGCUCUAUCGGCCAGAUGUUCUUAUUUCACCUGGCGCUUUCAUUACGGUUCUCAUAGGGGAACAUGCUCCCUUUACGAUGCCAAGGCUCCAUGCACGAUGAAAUCCUCGGAUUUAAACACCUUAUCCGGACCACGGGAGUGUUCAGAGCACUGGUUCCAUUUCAACUUUACUUCGUGCCAAUUUACACCUUUGGACGUGCCCAUUGGUGCCUGGCCGAAUCCGCCCAGGUUCUCCGGUUAUGACUCGGAUAAAGUUGGUGCAUUGCGACAGUUGUGGGAUAAAAACCCAGUUCAAACACCGCCCAACAGAUCUCCUCAGGCCGAUUGCAAUUUAUGGUCCACUGCUCUGUGUGGUUACAAUUUGGCCAUUUUAGCGAAUGUGCAAACUUUUGAACACUGUCGACAGGUUUGCCAAGUUUACGACGGCUGUUCCUUUUGGACGUGGAACCCUCAAAAUCGGGUGUGUUUCGUCAAAAAUGAUCAGGCCCUGUGUGGAAGGCGCGACACUGUGGUGUUAGACAUUGUUUCAGGGCCCAAAGUUUGCCUUGAUGAUCAAUUUAGUGCAUUUGAUCCCAGCAACUGCUCCCAGCCAAAUAAGUUGUAUUCCGAAUGUCUAUCGAGUUCGCCAAAUCAGACCCCAAUUGAUGGCGUGAGCUCGAUUGAGAUCAUCACUCCAAAGUCAACCGGGGGAACAACCAGUCAAACCUUCGUAACCCACGGUGUCCAAGCGGAACAACAGUCUCACGACUCUACAAAACCUCCAGACCGAUUUGUCAGUUCCAAUUUCAAAAUGUCUGCCGACAUGACCCACGACAGAUCCUUCAAAAUGGAUGCCAAAAGUGACAUCGACGAAAGAUCUUCCAAAAUGGGUAUUGAAAGCGCCCUGGACCAUGGCUUUCCCCAUACGAAUACUGACAGUGCAUUUGAUCAUAGAUCCUCAACAGAGAGCACCAAGAACGAGAUCGAUGGCAGAUUGUCAAAGGCAAAAAUCAACGCGAAAUUGGCUGGGUUUAGUGCAACAACCGAUGGUCCAGAAUGGAUUUAUGAGUAUGAUUGGGUGUCGGUCUAUGAUGGGAGCACCUCUUCAAAUCCGACAACAAAGUUACCCAAGAUCAACAGAUUUAUUCCGCCCUUGGCCAGGGCUUAACAAGUUCAUUUCUCCAUAGUGAUUAUUGUUUCUUGGGAUAAAAAUAACACCACAUUGGGGUCGAAUCAUACUUUUGUAUCUCUGUCUCCAAAAAAAUAAAGCAUUUUUUCAUCGCUCUAUAAA